GACCAAAUGCCCACAUAUUAUGAUUUUAUGCCCAAGAUCUCCAAAAAAAUAAAAAAAAUAAAAACAAAAUAAAUAAAUCAAUAAAAACCCACCUCCAUGUCACCUGUGCUCUUCCGUCGACGCGGGAAGUCUUGUUUUUCAUUGCGCGUGCGGCUCUCUGCGGCGGCGCCAGUUAUUUUGAAAAGUGAUCCGCGCGCGCCGCGGAGCCGCAGCUGUUCAGGAGCCAUGAGCGGAGGAAGAUGACGGAUUCAUCGGUCGCGGAAGGACACGUUAAAGUCAGAGACGGCAAAAAGUGGAAAGCUCGGUGGGUAGUUCUCCGUAAGCCCUCACCGGUGGCGGACUGCCUGGUGUUGUUGGUGUCUAAGGAGCGCGGUGUGAAGGAGCGGACCAGCGUGGUUUUGGAGCACAUCUGUGGUCUGGAGGCAGGAGGGAGCAGCGAAGGAGUCGCCUAUGCCCUGACAAUCCUCAGUCUUAAUCAGAUCGUUCAGCUGGGAUUUGAUAGUAAGGAGGCCCUACUGGCCUGGGACCUUCGGCUUCGCUACUAUCUAGGGGAGGUACACAGUUUUAAGGUGACGGUCCUGCCUGGUACUAAGCUGGAAACUGGUCUGGCCACACUUCAUUUGUGCAACAAUCUGCUCGUCAUUGCCAGGGACGUCCCCCCUGUUAUCGGCGGCCAGUGGAACCUUCUGGACCUGCGCAGAUACGGCCCAGUCCCCAAUGGCUUUGUGUUUGAGGGUGGCACUCGUUGUGGUUAUUGGGCUGGUGUGUUCUUCUUAUCCUGUGCUGAAGGGGAGCAGAUCAGUUUUCUGUUUGACUGCAUUGUGCGCGGAAUCUCCCCCUCCAGAACUCCCUUUGGAAUCAAACCGCUGCUGCCAGAGCCGAGUGCCAGUGCAGCAUCAGCAGAGGAGCGACUGAACCAAGAGGCUGAAGAGUUGGAGAAGAGGCUCAGCCUGCUUUCUCAUAACGCAGCAUCCACCUCCAGUUUCAGUUCCACAGUAGCUGGAGAUGACCGCAGCAUAUCCGGGUCCUCCGACUCAGAAACCAGCCACUCGGAUUCCAGUAUCAGCAGCCGAUUGGCCCUGUGGGUGGAGCCGGUUCCCACCACCACAGCUGAGUCCACUAGAACUGCCUCUCAUGGAGAGGAGAAGCUGCCAAUUAAUCCAGCCAGUGGGCCCAAACUGCCAUCAAAGCCCACUCUCUCACGGAGACUUCAGGAAAUUGGCCGACAGAGCUCCUCAGACAGCGGCAUUGCCACAGGAAGCCACUCCUCCUAUUCUGGCAGCUUUUCAUCCUACACAGGCAGCCUAGACACAGGGAGUCCCAAAGAGGAGUAUGGUACUCUGCUCAGCCUACCGCCAUUCUCUAGUCCAGAAAAGCAUCGUUGUACCUGUCCAGUCAGCCACACCCAUGAGUACCAAGUGCCUUCAUCACUACGCUACCUGUAUGACACGCCCCGCAGUCUUCUUGAAGAAGCCAGAGAGCAGAAAGAAGCUUCAGCCAGUGAACAGACUGAGGAAACAAUUAAAGAGCAGAGUGAAGCCUCAGCUGCUGCAUGCUCUGUUCCUGAAUCUCCCAGAGACUCGGAGGCUCGGGGUUCAUCAAGCAUGGACACACAUUCUGACUGCCUGAUUUGCUGUCCCCAUCUGACUUCAUCUAGAAUGCUCUUCACCACCUGCCCCAUCUGUGGUGGCUUAAAGAGAGCACCCUUACCUCAGGCAGGAGCUUCACUACAGCCUGGCGUGCCAGCAGGUGGAAAAUCGACGAGUCUCAUCAGUGAUACGUCAGCUCAUGCCACCAAUCUGGAGUGGAAUCCCCAAACAGAUAAGCUGCAAAAGGGAAGCCCUAAGAGCUAUAUAGAGAGUCUGUCUGAUCUGUUAGGACAUUAUUCUCAAGGGAGAACUGGCAUAGCACCAAUUAUACCAAGCCUGCCUGAUCUGAUAAGGCUUUAUUGUCCUCCAGGGAACAAUAGCCUGGGAUCACCCCAAUCUGGUUCAUAUAUCCCGAUGGCCUCAGCAUUAGCAUCACCUCAGUGCCUUUCAUCUUGCCAAGUUUAUCCCACCGUUCUUUCCCACCAUACCUCUCGCUCAACAAUCUAUGAGAACUGCCUACAAUGUAGAAAAGGUCAGGAUGGCUGCAUGCUGCCCAAGGCUGUUCCUCCAGUAAUUAGUAGCUUGAGCCACCCAUCUGGACAAAAGAGCACUGGUGGGCAGGGUCACUCUCCCUUUCUCCAGGACCUGAGUGAUAGCUGCUGGGGAUUAAGUUCAAAGACCCCUCCUGUGGAAGAACCUCCUCAUCUUCCUACAUCCACCUCCCAGCCACUUUUACAGCUCAGUAAUGGAGAAACAACACUGGGAGAUAAGAAGCAGAGAAGUCAUGCAGAGAGAGGGAGAAUGGAUCCCACCUACGAGAUCAUGGAGGGCCAAGCCACAGACAGGAGCUCAGAGUCAGAUGAGAAGAGCAGAUAUGACCUGAUGGGCAGCUCUGGGCAGCAGAGGAGCACUGACGAUCCUGAAGAUGGCACAGGGGUGAGUGAACGACCGAGAGGAGGAGUGACAUAUGUAAAUAUUCCCAUCAGCCCAAUGUCCAAAAAGCAGCUGCACUAUAUGGAGCUGGAGCUGCAGGAGCACGGUACCACCGUCAGAGGAAAAGGCACCACGAAAUACGCACAAAUUGACAUCACUGCAACAGAGACUGCACACAGAGUGGGUACCCAGCAUGCACUGGGGCGGGAGGCAGGACUUCAGAAAAUGGAACAGUGGAAAAGAGGAGGGGCACCGCAGUGAUGACAUCAUUUAUCACCUUAAUAAUAAUGAUGCCAUUGCUCUUUACCAUGACAACAGUGAUGUGAAGAAAAAGAGAAAAGUGUGUUGGAAAAGUGUCUCUCAGAAGAGAAACAGUGAGGAAUGUUAAGUUCUAAAAGUGCCAAGAUCUUUCCUCACGCUUCUGAUUUGGACCGCAGGUCUGUGUUAAAGGCUUCAACUCCACUUACUCACAGAGUCACAGGCCAAGCGAAAUCAAACUGAACGGGUGGCAUACGUGCCAGAAAAUCUGAUUGAACUGAGGCAGCCGAAGGCCCAGUUUUAUUAGCUGGUGUUGUGUAGCUAUGAGACUGUGAUCAUGUGGGUUUUGUUGUGUGGGUGUGUGUGUGGGUGAGUGUGAGUGUGAUAAUUCGAGCAUUAGAGCUGUGAGGACAGACCGUGUGAACAUGGCUGAUUAUAGAUGAGUCACCACACGCUCAGCUGCCUGCAGCAACAUGUCUCUUGUUAAUUUGCUUUAAUAUUUGCCCUUAAUCAAUUACAUACUCUAUUGUCCCUUAAUAAAGUAGUGGACAUCUCUGACCACGUAUAAGAGCUGCAAACACGGAACAGCAAAACAUUACCUACUGAGCAAAAAACAGACGGAUCCAUAUGAGGCUCACUGUGGACAGAGUAGUAAAAUUCUUGCAUUCUUUUUGCUAUUUUCCUGGUCAUGAAAAUAGCAGCAAUAUUUAUAAUCACAUCUGCAAGUGCCACAAUCGUAUUCCUUAUUUUUGUAUUUGUGGCUAUGGAAAUUGCCAUGUAUCUUCUUUUGAAUGAAUGAAGGGAAAUUGUGCAUAUACAACGUUGGGCAUUAUUAAAUAUUCAGACGAAUUUAACCAGCUUUUGAAUAUUGUAUAUUUCUUCUCUCAUUUUAUCGGCUUUAUACUAUUGUUUUAUAGUACAAUUAAAACUGAAAAUAUAUUUUUUGUAGUAUUUAUUGUGUAUUUCAUACAAAUUCUUAUUUCCCUCUUUACAUUGCUUUAAUUGUUUUACAGCAUGCUUAAAGAAAAACUUAUUAGCAGAAUGCUAAUGUUAACAUGAAUGAAAGCACGUGGAGCAUCAGAUUUUUUCACCCUUAUUCCCUAUGCACCUUUAGACCUUCAAGGACCACAUCUCCUAGCAGCAUUUUAGAGAGGAGCCACUCUUAUUCAGAAUAAUCUUUGCAUUGUUCAUUACUGUUGCACAGCUGGCAUUUACAUAUAUGCUGAUUGGGUCUCAUACGCAUGUCCGGAAUCACUAUUAAAACCACAGGAGGUCAACAGAGAUAACACCAGAUAUUAGAACAGGUUUGAAAAUGUCUGAGCAGGCUGCUAAGCUGAACUUUGGUGACAUGUAUUAACUGAUUAUCUGAUACAGGAAAAUGCUGCAUCAGUGAAGAUAACCUGUUCAUGACCUUGAGUUCUACUUGCAGUAUUUGGUAAGGUUAAUUUGUUCCCAAAUUUCUCAGUAUUGAGAUCUGAAUAACACAAUUUAAUGUAUAUUUAUAUUUGUUUGUAUAUUGGACGUUAAUAUACUAUAAGUGGCCGUAUAAAAUUGUACGAAAAAGUACAAUAAAAUCGUAUAAAAAGUCUUCAAUUCAGCAGGUCAUGAACAAGAUCUUGCAACAGCAUCCUUGACGUCAGUAUAGCCUUUUCUCUGUAAGAUAAAGAUCCACUUACUGCAAUGAUUUGUGUAUUUAUACCAGUAUCUUGUACAUGCAUGUAAAAUGCUACUCUUUCUCUUGAUUUAUGGAUGACUGACUGUUGACUGUAAACUAUAUGCAGUUCCACCUAGAGACUAUUUUAAAGCGAUGUUAUUUAUACACCGAUUAGCCAAAACAUUAAAACCACUGACAGGUGAACUGAAUAACACUGAUUAUCUCGUUACAGUGCCAGCUGUCAAGGGGUGAGAUAUAUUUGGCAGAAAGUGAACAGUCAAUUCUCGAAGUUGAUGUGUUGGAAACAGGAAAAAAGGCUAGCGUAAAGAUCUGAGCAGCUUUGACAAAUGCCAAAUUGUGAUGGUUAGACAACAUGGUUAGUGCAUCUCCAAAACGGCAGGUCUUGUGGGGUGUUCCCAGUAUGUAGUUGUUAGCACCUACUAAAAGUGGUCCAAGGAAGGAAAAUUGGUGAACCAGUGACAAGAUCAUGGACACCCAAGGCUCAUUGAUGCGCCUGGGUAGUGAAGGCUAUCCUGUCUGGUCCUAUCCCACAGAAGAGCUACUGUAGCAUAAAUUGCUGAAAAGGUUAAUGGUGACUGUGAUAGAAAGGUGUCAGAACACACAGUGCAUCACAGCUUGAUGCGUAUGGGGCUGCAUAGCCACAGACCGGUCAGCGUGCCAAUGCUGACCCCUGUCCACCACUGAAAGCACCUACAAGGGGCACAUGAGCAUCAGAACUAGACCAUGCAGCAAUGGAAGAAGGUGGCCUGGUCUGACAAAUCACGUUUUAUUUUACAUCAUAUGGACAACUGGGUGCAUAUACAUCACUUGCCUGGGGAAGAGAUGCCACCAGGAUGCACUAUGGGAAGAAAGCAAGCCGUUGGAGGCAGUGUGAUGCUUUGGGCAAUGUUCUGCUGAGAAGCCUUGGGUCCUGGCAUUCAUGUGGAUAUUAUUUUGAUCUGUACCAGCUACCUAAACGUUGUCGCAGACCAAGUACACCCCUACAUGGCAACAGUGUUCCUUAAUGACACUGACCUCCUUCAGCAGGAUAAUACGCCCUGUCACACUGCAAAAAUUGUUCAGGAAUGGUUUGAGGAACAUGACAAAGAAUUCAAGGUGUUGACUCGGCCUCCAAAUUCCCUAGAUCUCAGUUUGAUCAAGCAUCUGUAGGUUGUGCCAGACAAGCAAGUCUGAUCCAUGGAGGCCCCACUUCACAACUUGCAGCACUUAAAUGAUCUGCUGCUAACGUCUUGGUGCCAGAAACCACAGCACACCUUCAGAGGUCUUAUGGAGUCCAUACCUCGACAGGUCAGAGCUGUUCUGGCAACACAAGGAAGACCUACACUAUAUUCAGCCAGUGGUUUUAAUGUGAUGGCUGAUCAAUGUAUGCCACUUUAAAUAUGAGUCUUAGGUAUACUGAGUUCAAGAUGUGUGUAAUAUAUUAAUUUCUACGUUUCUAGUUAAGUUGCUUCAUUUUUUAAUAUUUCUGUUGAUGAUGAUUUGUCAUGAAAUACAUUUUCAUCAUGUUUCCAUAAUGUACUUAUUUUAUUAACAAUUAUAAAUCUGUAUUUAAGUUGUAAGUUGGAAUUCACUCUGUCAAUAAUUGUGCCUUUUUCCAAGAGAUAUUUAUUUCUGAGUGGACAUUAGUGAUUAGAGAGAAUGAGCCUCUGAUUUCGACUGCUUUCAGAUACAUGCUGUAACAGAAACCUCCCUAUUCACUCUUCUGCUGUUCUGUCAGUUUAUUUAUGACUUUAGGAGUUAAAUUAAGUUAAAUUAAGCUUAGUUAAUUCUUAUAUUAAAAGGGUGCUGACCCCAUUUUAAUAUAAGAAUAAACUAACCUUAAUUAGUAGUGUAGUCCUGAGUUAUUUUAUAGGAAAUAUUAGAUAUCUUUAUUGUCCGUGAUGUAGAACUGUCACAUUUAUGCAAAAUAUAAAAUAAAAAAAUAAAAAAACAA